AUGGCGAAGCAUCAUAGAGUGAUUGAACGGAAUGGGAAUUUGUUCGUCGCUCAAAAAAUUCCCAAUUCGCCGAACCCUACUUUCCGUCAAUCUCCGCCGCUCAUAGCCUCCUUCUGCCGCCGCCCAGAUCGGCGGCGGACGCCUUUUCGCUGCUCUACCAUGUUCCAGUCGAGGGGUUCUAUUUUUCCCGUCAAUUGCUUAGGGAUUCAGAUGGCCUCUUCGAAUUGGGCCACGAAAGUGGUUGAAUCUAGGCUAGGUCCGACGGCGUCUCGAAGUAGUUUGGAAGGAGGAGUUCUGGGUCUAGAGAUGGUGGUGGCUCGGACGGCCUAUGUUCUCUCCGGACUGAGGUGGUUUUUCCGACCGAGUCCUGAGUCUGUACUCGAUCUUUUCCUCCAGUCGGGGUCGCAUUGA